AGUGUUUACACGGAAUUUUGUUGUUUGCUUAUGGAAAAUAAGGGGGAGUGACGAAAAAAGGAAAGGAAAAAAAAAAAGAAGGAAAGGGAGAAGGGAAGAGGGAGGCAUCGAUCGUAGUGCAAACCAGGAACCUUGCCCCUGCCUGAUCAUUAACCUCCCUGGAGAUCGCCGCGGGCUCCGCAGCUCGUCACUGGCAUGUGAGCCGGGCGGGGAGUGCCCGCCGCCCCCUCGCAGCCGGGCGGGACACAGCUCGAUAGGCUUCUUCACCUUUAGACAUUUACGCGCUCUCAGAACGCGCCUCUACGCUGACCGCGGAGAUGAGACUCCAGCUGCUCCUCUGUAUGGCGUUUUUCCUUCUGGCGAGCCUCCUCCUCCUCCCAGCCGACGGACAGAGACCCGCCAACCUGGCCCUGCGCAGGAAGCUCCACCGGCACGGUUGCUCCCAUCGGCGCUGCAUGCCGCUCCACUCCAGGGUGCCUUUCCCCUGAGCCCCGGCACAGCAACUCUGUAACGGGCUUUUCAGUGUUUUAAAGGAACAACAAUUGAAGCAAUGGAGAAGCUAGUCAGAAGUCCAUAUCGACAACAGCUGACCUGAUAAAGCCACCAGAGUCCAUAUUCAGCAGUCCUGUCUGCCACUUUCUGCAAGACCUGGCUCAAAGGGCCCUGGCUCAGCGCUAGGAUGGGGUGGUGAUGAGAGGAUGUACAUGAAACUCAUCUGAUUGAUUGAAACAUUCCAUAUAAAUUCUUUAGCUCUUCUAACAACCACUGAAGUUAAAGACCAAAUCAAACAUCAGGUGCCCGAGAUGGAUUUCUAGUGGCAUUAAGAAGGAUCUGUCCAAGGGAACUCUUAAUAGUCUUAUCUAUUUGGACUGAGAGAAACUUGAUGUGCUUUUGACUCCUCCAUUCAGGCUGUGUGAAGAACAGUAAUUAGGGUAAAAUAAUGUCAGGCUUCAGCACAUAACUGUGAAGUCCGUCUUUUGUUUAUACUUUUCUGUAUUAAUAAUAUAUACAUAUAUGUUUUAACACCUUACAUUAAAUUUUUAUGGAAUUACAUUAAUAACAACAUAGAAUGUAUUACCCUGAUAGUACCAAAGUUAGCACCACACUAGUGGUCCUACUGGCUUCAUGUAUAGUAAACCUAGUAAGAGUUUACAAUAAGAAAGUAAAGAGGGUAUUAUCCCUCAUUCUAUAGAUAGAGAACCGAAGCACAGAGAUAACAGAUUCACUGAGGGUCAUGCAGAACUGAUAACUCAGAUCUCUCAAGUCAGGCCUUAAGGUCAAGCCCAUCCUCCUGUCUAAUGAACUGUAACUGCAAAGCCUGUCAUUUGUUUCCUUAAACCAGGCUGCCAAACCAGACAGCUAAAACAUACUUGAAAAUUCAGUACUAUAGAACUAUUUGCUUAAUAGUAGUUUUCCUAAAAUACCCACCUACAGUAUUAUAAAUAGAGCAUAAAAAUAAGCCAUUGAAAAGAAACCUUUGUUUGGCCAACUCCAGUGCUGUGUAGUACUCUUAUUCCUGUAAUUAGAAUGAAUGGGGUAUUUGGAACACAGCACUACAAUGAAUGAGAACGUCAAACAGAAAAUAGGCUGUUCUCGGGACUGGAGGUCAAGAACACAUUGAGCUUUUAUUUUACAUUUUGUUUUUUAAAAUACACAUUACACAUCUUUUUAUAUCAGCAGAAAUUACAAACCUACAUGUAAAGGAAAACAUGGUAGCCCUAUCAUUAGCAGAACUAAAACCUGAAAAUAAGUCAUACCCAGAUUUUUAAGUCAUUGCACUAGUCUUGAAAUGUCAAGAUUUUUUGUAAAUUGUAUACUGAUGAGUGAAGAUAAGCAGUGUCAUUACUUAAAUCCAGUAUUAGAAUAUUGUCUUGCAACACAUAGUUUCUAAUACAUAAAAGAACAGCAAUCAAGAAGAGCAAUGAAGAAAAGUAGAUAGUGAAAACUUUCUAAUCAGUGUCUCUAUGUAACGCCUCAUCUCUAAAAUCUUGAAAAUUUAAUCAGAUUAAUACUGGCAGAGCUUAUAAGGGAGUUUCAAGUUUCUCUAUACAGAAAAAAAAAAAAUAAUUAAUUAAAAUGUAACAUCACACCCAUUCUGGAGUUUUGAAAAAUCAUCAUAAAAAAAUAGUCAAACUUGUCUAUACCAACAAGCAUCCCUGCUGGUAAACCUUUGGAGUUUUUUUUUAGAAAAUAAAAAUUUUUCAAAAUUAGAAGCAUACUACCAAUGUAUUUUUAUUAUUAUUAUUUAUUUAGCUUUCAUAUGUAUCCACGGUUAUCUCUAUUUAGAAGUACAGAUAAAGAGUAUGGGAAAGCAAGAAAGGUGAAGAGUAACUAUUUAACAGUUAUGUCUUAUAAAUGAGUAAAAGGAUUUAAUGUGGCACUGGAUAUUUUAUAUAACCAUAAUUAUUCAAUUAACUUCGAUAAAAUCAUAAGAAAAACAAUGUAUCAAAGAGCUAUAUAUGCAUGUUCCUUUACAGAUGUAAAAAUAAAUAAAAUAACAAGUACCAAAGUAUCAUAGGAAGCCCAUUGUCAGUCUAUAAAAUUAUUGUAAAUAAUUCUUUUUAGAUGUGCUGAUACCAUAAAAUCCUCUUUGAAAAAAGCAUUGAUUGUCAUCUUUCAUACAUAUGUUUAUAAACUAGCAGGAUGAUUGUAUAUUUUGUAAAAAGACAGUAUGCACUUCAAGUAACAACAUCUCAUUUUAAAUAAACUUUGUAUACUUUUCAAAAUUUGUAUUCCUCAGCUGUCAAAGGCAAUAUGUCUAAAGAAAAUGGAGAAUUUCUCUCGUUUCUCUGUGUAUUCAUAUGAGAUCACCGUGUACAAUUUUCUUACUCAAUUUUUGACACAAGUAAAUAGCAGUCAUUCAUAUAAACAUAUUCCUCAUAUUUUCUAACUUUCUAAGAACACAAAAUUCUGAUAAAAGCCAUCUAGAAAAGUUGGUUUAAAACUACUAGUUGAUGUAAUCACAGCAUGCUCUAACAUGACAUCAUAAUACUUUGAAAUAAUUACAGCAGAACCCAGAUUGUGUGUUGUCUUCAUGCCUAGAAUAAGCAAUUUCUUUAUUAUCUCAGAGUAUUAAAUCUUGAAACCUGGAUGUGCUCACAAAUUAAAGAAAAUUACCUUAUUUCAGGACAAAAAAACGAGCUCAGAAGUAGUCUGAAGCACAGAGGAAACUUGAAAUGUGUGGUAACUGGACUUGCUUUUGACUUUGUUGAAAUUACAGGUCUCAGUACAAGCUUUAUCUGGUAAAAAAUAGUUUUGCAUGACAAAGGUGUGAUUACACAUACAAAACACUUGGACAGUGCUACAACAGCUGAAUUGACUGAACUCCCCUUGUGCACAUAUAAGCAUAUGUUUAAAGGAAGGAAGAAUUUCUAUUAUUUGUAGAAAUACAAAUUGCUGUGUAUUGAAAGUCAGAAUUGAUGUUUGCAUUGAUGCAAUCUAGCAGAAGACUUAAUCCAAGGGUAAAUUCAGGCCUCAACUCUGAAAGCCAGAAUGCAAGUUUCUGAAACUUAGAAUUAACUCCUUCUCUUGUAGACUUACAUGGGAAACUUAUUUUUAUUUGAAAGUCAGUUUAUUUAAGUAUUUUAAAUUAUAUUGGCUAUUUUAGAGUGAAAUACAAAAUGAUGUAACAGCAAGUUGACGGGAAAUAGAGGUAAAUGUAAGGCUGUUGUGAGAAACAGCAGAUUAGUAUGUUCCCAAAGGAUAAUAAACAAUUCACCUCUUCCCCUUCCAGAAUGGAAGAAAGGAACUCACAGAAGAAUGAAGACUGGAAAUAUUUCCCUUAUGCUACAUACAUAUGCUAUAAAUAUCUCAGUGUCUGUACACAAAGCCAAAUUUUGCUAAGGGUCAGAUAAGAUUUCUAUCAACACCAAACAAGAGAAGCAUUAGUAUGGUAAAUAAGUUUCAAAUGUUAGACUAUCAUCAGACAAGUACAAUUAGCAUACUAAUCUUUCACUACUGUCGAUGGCCUUUAUCUCUCUUGCCAGUGGUUGAGCUGCAAAACAUUUGUGCAAAGUGGGAAACACUCCAAAGCACAAACAGUGCAACCUAUGUCUUUAGUUAGCAAUGAUGCCUAAAAGCCUAACCCAUUCCAACACUGAGGAUGCUUUUUCGUGUCUCUGGAGUUACCUCAAGGUUAGACUGUUGUCUGCCCAAGUGCCUUUGGUGCUUGAUCGUUUCUUUUUUAGAUUAAGAAUGCACUUCAGAGGGCCAAGCCUGCUCAACUGCUUAUUCCCGUAGAACAUUAAAGUAUGAAAAUCUCAUUAAAAUGUUUUGCAAUCAGUGAUUUCCUUUGCGAGAUGAAAUACCGAAGUGUUUAUGUAGAAUUUCCAGUAUGAG